AUUGGCAUGACUUCUGCAGCUACUCCAGCUGCUGCGGCUGUGUCGAUGAGCUGUUUGCGAGUUGUGGCCUCCUCAUUCUGCUGCCUGUCUAGCUCUCGAUUACCCAAAUUCGCGGAGCCCCAUCUCCUCUCUCUUCCCUCCUCCGUCGCCUCUCGGGCUUUGGUCGUCCCCUCCGCCUCCAUGCAGUACGACAAGGAGCUCGCCGCCGCCACGAAGGCCGUCUCUCUCGCCGCUUCUCUCUGCCAGAAAUCGCAAAAAGAACUAUUGCGAUCGGAUGUUCAUUCAAAGUUAGACAGAACUCCAGUCACAGUGGCAGAUUAUGGUUCACAGGCUAUAGUUAGUAUUGUGCUGGAAAGAGAGCUUUCAGCUGAACCACUCUCUUUAGUGGCUGAGGAGGAUUCAGGAGAUCUUCGCAAGGAUAGUGGAGAAGACACCCUCCAUCGCAUAACAAAGCUUGUAAAUGAAACUAUUGAAAAUGAUGGUUCAUAUGGUGCUUCUCUGUUAUCACCAGAAGAUGUAUGUAGGGCAAUUGACAGUGGGAAGUCAGAAGGUGGUUCUUUUGGUCGACACUGGGUCUUGGAUCCUAUAGAUGGUACAAAAGGGUUUUUAAGGGGAGAUCAAUAUGCAGUAGCAUUAGCUUUGUUAGAUGAUGGGAAAGUAGCAUUGGGUGUCCUGGCUUGUCCAAAUCUUCCGUUAGCAUCUAUAGCAGGGAAUGUGACGCAGGAAAAUGUCGUUGGCUGUCUUUUCUAUGCAAAAGUUGGUUCAGGAACUUUCAUGCAGUCAUUAGAUGGAUCUUCACCAGUCAAGGUGCAUGUCAGUGAUAUUGGAAAUUCUGAAGAUGCAUCACUCUUUGAAUCAUAUGAGGAAGCACACUCCAUGCAGGAUUUGACAAGCUCCAUUGCAAGGAAACUUGGUGUCAAAGCCCCGCCAGUGAGGAUAGAUAGCCAGGUCAAAUACGGGGCUCUUUCCAGAGGUGAUGGAGCGAUAUACCUGCGCUUCCCUCACAAAGGAUACCGUGAAAAAAUUUGGGAUCAUGCUGCUGGGUGCAUUGUUGUUACUGAGGCUGGAGGAGUGGUAACAAAUGCAGCCGGGCAACCUCUGGAUUUCUCCAAAGGGAGAUACCUUGACUUGGACACCGGGAUUAUAGCUACCAAUCAAAAGUUGAUGCCAUCACUCUUGAAGGCAGUAAGAGAAUCCUUGGAGGAGAGAUCUUCCUCAUUGUGAUGCUACUACACUACUCCCUUUGCCCUAAGGCAUCGAUGCAACCCGCGCAAUGCGGCAGGAAGGAUGCGAUCUUUUCUAUUUUCUGUCAACGAUAAAA